AUGUUAAACGAAACCACAAUACACACAAUCACACUUGUCCAGGACCAGUUUACCAAAUGGGUGUUGAUACCAUGUUUUUUUAUUGGUAAUAUAACUAAUAUUUUAAAUUGUUUUAUAUUUUUACAACAAUCGUUACGUACACAAGUUUGUCCUAUUUAUUUUGUUUGUGUAUCAAUCACAAAUUUAUUUGUUAUUGACUUUCUAUUAUUAACAAGAGUAAUGAUGAGUGGUUUUGAGUAUGAUCCAACAACAUGGUCAGAUUUAUUUUGUAAAUUACGUACAUAUUUAUGGUUUGUAUUUAGUCAAUGGCCUCGUUCAUUUCUUGUAUUAACAUGUAUAGAUCGAUAUCUAAUUAGUUCGCCGAAUGCAAAUUAUCGAAAAAUGAGUCAAAAAAAAUAUUUAAAAUAUAUAAUACCAAUAAAUAUUUUUCUAUGGAGUGCUCUACCGUUACAUGUACCAUUUAAUAUGAUAAUUAUAAAUCGUAGUUGUGUAUCUCUACCUGGAUUCUAUUACAUACUAAAUACAGUUUAUAAUUUAUUGACAUCUGCUGUAAUACCGAUUCUUAUUCUGUCCAUAUUUAGUUUAUUAAUUAUUAAGAACGUUCACCGACAAGGCCGUCGAAUACACGGAUUAGUAGUUCAACGACGGUGUCGAAACGAACGACAUGGAGAUCAAUUGACAUUAAUGUUAUUAUCUCAUGUUUUAAUAUAUAUUAUAAUAAACUUAUUAAAUCCAAUAUUUCAAUUAUAUUUAUUAAUAACAGAUAGUCGUGAAAAAAGUUUAGAAAAAAUAGCUUUAAAUAAUUUUAUAAAUGUUUUAUCAAUUGAAUUACCUUAUGUCAGUUGUUCAUUAACAUUUUGCAUUUAUACACUAACAUCAAAAACAUUUCGAACAGAAUUUAAACGUUUGAUAAACAGAAAAGUGAUCGUAAUAUUUAAGAUUACACCGUAG